AUGCAAAACAACAAAAAUAAUAUCGACGAUUACACCUUUGCUAUAAGGCUACAGCAGAAACUUUAUGAUGAUUACAAUGGUGUGCCUCAAGAAAUAACUACUAGUAUCACAAAAAAUGUGGAAAGCGAAAUCGAUGAUGAUUACGCUGCUAUGCAAUUGCAACAAAUGUAUAAUGAGGAAAGACAUGAGAACGAUUAUAUUCUUGCUAUGCAGUUGCAAGAAAUGUAUAAUAAGGAAAGGACCAAUAAUAGCAAAGAAUAUGAAAAAAUCCCUGAAAAAUUUUCAAACCAAUCUACUGACAAAAAAAUUGUUGAUAAAGAACCUCUCAUCAAAAAUUUUUUUCAAAGCAAUUUUAAUGAGUUUGAUAAUGAUGAUUCUCCACCUUCUUACUAUUCUUCUCAAAAGCCUGCACGUAAUGAUUUCGGACAUCCACAUAUCCCAGCAUUUAAUAACAAUAAUAAUAGUUAUUUUCAAGAACAACCAUUUACGCAACAAAAAUACCCGCAGCAAUUUCCACAGCAAUACCCGCAGCAAUUUCCACAGCAAUAUUCGCAGCGAUUUCCACAACAUUCGCAGCAAUUUUCACAACAAUUUUCACAUCAGUUUCCACAGCAAUUUCCACAAUACCAACAGCAACAGACUGCUCCUAAUUAUCAAGACAUGUUUUCCCAAUUCAUGAAAUUUAUGGAGGCAUCUCAAAAUCAAAAUCAGAAAAAUAAUAUUAAUUCUUAUUACGAUACGAAUGAUAUUAAUUUUUCUCAAAAACCUAAUCGAAAUAAAAUUAAUUUGUCUAAUCGAGAGCCGGGUAUCUUCAAAAUUCUAUUGUUAGGUGGAACCGGAACUGGGAAGUCCACUAUUAUCAAUACGAUGACAAAUUACUUUUUAGGUGGUACUCUUAAUAAGCCAAAAAUAGUGAUCCCAACAAAAUAUUAUAAAGUUACUGAAAAUGAGUACCUCAAUAAAGAUUCAGAAUCAACAAUUGAGGACGUAACCAAGAGUCAAACUACAAAAUGCCAUACCUAUAAUUUUGCUCAUCCUGAUAACCCUGCUUAUAAAUUUAUCCUUAUCGAUACUCCUGGACUAAGCGACACAAAUGGCGUUAAGCAAGAUGACAAGAAUAUUCAAGAGAUUAUUGAUGCUGCAAUUUCUGCCGGUUCUUUAUCAGCUAUUGUAAUCAUUGCAAAUGGAACUGAAGCUAGAGUUACUCCAUCAAUCAAGAAUACAUUGGUUAGAUUGUCAAAUAACCUUCCCGAUGAUCUAUUGGGUAAUCUUUUGCUUAUUUUAACAAAGUGCACAAAAAGUAGUGCUUGUUUCUCUGAAAAUGCUUUUUCAAAAGAAAUCGCAAAGCCUAAGAAAAUUUUUUAUAUGGAUAAUCAAUUUUUCUGCACCGAUCCUAAAGUAUGGAAAGAUGAUGAAGAUGAAAGUUCGAAUGUUGAACAUCAUUGGAAAAAGUCUCUUAAUACAAUUGAUAGAUUAUUGGAAACAAUUACUGAAUUAUCUUUUACUUCGACUAAAGCCUUUGAAAAUAUGAGAGAUUACAGAAAUAAAAUUAAAUCUGAAAUUGCUAAAGUGGCUCAAGAUAUUGCAAAUAUCCAACAAGUUCAAGAUUGCCUUGAAGCUGCUCAGAAAGCAUUACAAAAAACUGGCAAUCAAAAGAAUUCUUAUUCUAAUUAUACAAAAACUGAAACAAUUACUCUCGACAAAAUAGUUCCUUCUGAUCAUCAUAGUACUAUUUGUACCCUUCAUAAAAAAGAAAAAAUUUGUCAUGAUGGAUGUGGACUUAGUAUGGAAUCAAGUUCUGGAACUGAUCACUUUAUUAAUUGCUCAUGUAUGGGAUCAAACAAUAUAUGUAGAGUAUGUAAUUGUGGUCCUAGGAGCCACUAUCACGACAUGGUCAAAAUGGUUAGGGAAACUAAAACAUUAAAUAAAGUUCUUGAAGACAUGAAAGCGCAAUAUGAUAUGGCCAACCAACAAUAUCAAAAACACAGUAAUGAUGCUAACAAUUAUCAAUCAUCACUUUCAAACCUCCAAGCUACUGCUAACGCUAAAUAUGAAGUCAUCCACAAACUUUGUAAAGAUUUAAGUAAAAUUUGUUCUCGGUUUAAUUUUGUUGACGAACUUCAUGCAAAUAUUGAAAGCAUGAGACAAGAUGCGAGAUUAAUACAAAAUGUUAAUAUACGAAGGAAUGCUGAAGCAGAGAUUCAAAGACUUGAGAAAUUAGCUACGGACUUAUCAUCCAAACGAGGAAGUGUGUAA